AGUCAUGUUAUUUGGAUGAUUUUGACAAUCCACGUUUUUUCUUCUUUAUUAACACAGAAUAUACACAUAAUUGCAGUCAUUUCAUUACUGUAACAAAUAUUUUCAGGACUUUUUUACACGUUUUAGAGAAUUCAUAAUUGUGUAGUUACAAAUCAUUAGAACAACAACAACCUGACUCAAUGCUUUUCCACAUCUCUAACAUGAAUGUUUUUAAAACUAAUGUUACACUUUGAACCUUUUUGGUGACAAACUGUUUUAAUGGUAAUGCUAGGGCGACAUUCCAUUGAUAAUGGUAGAUGUAGGUGGGUGACGGUGUUUAGUCGGUAAGAUUAGUUAACUUGGCUGCAUUCCCCCUGUGUGUCCAGAAGAGGGAGACAGUAAACCUAAACAGACACAGUAAAACUGCAGAAAGUGAAAGAGAAAGUGUCAGAAACAAACAACAGGGCUGUGUUCACAUCGACUCUCUGAGUUUUGUCGAAAAGAUUUGAAGCAGUUCUAAAGUCUUUGGUUGGAAAACAGUGGAGUUUGAGAAGACAUGGCUGCUGCUGCUGCUGCUGCUGCUGCUGCUAACCUGGGAGAAGAUCAGUUCCUGUGCUCCAUCUGUCUGGAGGUCUUCACUGAUCCAGUCUCUACACCAUGUGGACACAACUUCUGCAAAAACUGCAUCAGCACCCACUGGGACAACAGUGUCCUGUUCAAAUGCCCACUGUGUAAUGAGGUCUUCAACACCAGACCUCAGAUGAAGAUCAACACUAUGAUCUCUGAGAUGGCCGCUCAGUUCAGAUGUCAAGAAAAACCAGUUUCCGAAAAACCAGGAGAAGUUCUCUGUGACGUCUGCACUGGAACCAAAGUGAAGGCUGUGAAGUCCUGCCUGGUCUGUGUGGCCUCCUACUGUGAGACUCACCUGGAACAUCACCUGACAGCUCCACGUCUGAGAAGACAUCAGCUGAUUGAUCCUGUGGAGAAUCUGGAGGACAGGAUGUGCACCAAGCAUGAUAAACUUCUGGAGCUCUUCUGUAAGACAGACCAGACAUGUGUCUGCUUGGUCUGUCCUGCUUUAGAUCACAGGGAUCAUCAGUUUGUUCCUCUGAAGGAAGAAUAUGAAGAAAAGAAGGUGGAGCUGAAGACCACAGGAGCUGAAGUUCAGAAGAUGAUCCAGGAGAGAAGAGUGAAGAUUGAGGAGAUCAGAGGUGCAGUGAAGGUGAGUCAGGAUGAAGCAGACAGAGAGAUGGCAGCAGGUGUUCAGGUCUUCACUGCUCUGAAGGAGUCUGUGGACAGAGGUCUGAACCAGUUCAUCAAGGAGGUGGAGGACAAAAAGACGGCAGCAGAGAAACAGGCUGAAGAUGUCAUCAGAGAGCUGGAGGAGGAAAUCUCUGAGCUGAAGAAGAAGAGCACUGAGGUGGAGAAGCUCUCUCUCUCUGAAGACCACCUCCACCUUCUUCAAAACUACCCCUCCCUGAAAGAAGCUCCACCCACCAAGGACUGGACAGAGGUCAGAGUCUGUCCACCAUCAUAUGAGGGGACUGUGGUGAGAGCAGUGGAUCAUCUGGAGGAGACCCUCAGACAACAG